GCAGGACACUUUCACUGUCACAGUGAAGUAGCUUGCACCACUGCGAGAGAGCCAUGGCGUCCAACUCCAAGAGCCGGCGCCGGCGCAGGGACAACAACAAGCCCACCAAGAGCAAGAGGGCAUUGGAGAAAGCGCCGCCGCAGGCCGCCGGGCCGACGAGCGUGCACGACGUCCCCGACCACCUCCUCGAGCUCGUCCUCCUCCGCCUCCGCUCCACGGCCUGCCUCCUGCGCGCCGCGGCCGCGUGCAGGCGGUGGCGCCGGGUGAUCGCGGCCCCCGGGUUCCUCUCGCGCUCCCUCCACGCGCCCGGCGUCGCAGGCCACUACCACGCCUUCGACCCCGACUGGGUCGACUACGGGUCGCCGCCGGUGACGGGCAACCCGGUGUUCCUCCCCUCCCCGUCGCUCGCCGCCGUCGAUGCCCGCCGCUUCGCCCUCGACGACGUCCUUCCGGACAGCGACAGCGGCUGGGCGCUCGCCGACAGCCGCGGCAGCCUCCUCCUCCUCUUCAAGAGAAGGACCGGCUGGGCCGCGCUCGCCAACAGCCGCAGCUUCCCUGACCUCGUCGUGUGCGAGCCCCUGACGCGGCGGUGCCAGGGCAUCCUCCGCCCGGAACAAGCGACGUGCCUCGGCGUCUUCUUACUCGACGGCGGCCGCCGCGGCCGCAUCAGCAUGUCCGAUUUCAGGGUCGUCGCCGUGCUGCACGAGGACCACGAGUCGGGGGACGAAGACCGCGCCAUGCCGGUGGCGUGCGUGUUCUCCGCCGGGAGCGACUGCGGCGGCUGGCGCGUCCUGCCGAGCGCGUCCACAAGCAGCGCCGCCGUCAGCCUUCCGGGAGCGGUCGACUCCAUAAGCUUCGCCGGUCGCGCGAACGGUUCUCUCUACUGGGCGAUCGGAGGAGGGGAAGAAGACGGCGCCAUGCUGGCCUUCGACGAGGCCGCCAUGGAGUUCUCACGCGUCCCGUUCCUGACCGGCGACGACGGCAACGGCAGCUCGUACGACAGGUGGAGCUUCCGGGUCGUCGGCGGCGAGGACGGCGCGCCGCGCGUCGUCCGGAUGGUACGCAACGAGCUCAGGGUCCACGCGCGACGCCGGGGCCGCAGCGACGGGGCGUGGGUGGUCGAGAGGGUCGUGCGGCUGCGGGAGGCCACCCUCGGGCUGCCGGGCCGCAGCGAGAGGUUCUUCCAGCGUAACGCCAUGAUCGUGGCGGCGCAUCGGACGUACGUCCUCGUGACGCCGCAGGAGAAGACGUGGCUCUUCUCCGUCGACCUCGAGACGCUGCGGGUGGAGCGCGAGCACGAGAGGAAUAAGUACGCCGGGCCGGCGUUCCCGUCCGAGCUGCCGUGGCCGCCGAGCUUAACGGCCAGUACGGAUGAGCGCGGUAGGCGCAGGAGGUCAUGCCGCUGACACGUUUGUAAUUGAUCACAAAAAGACUUGAGGAGUACUAAUGUACUAUAUCGGUGG